GAUAUCUGUCAGGUGCUUGGAACAGUUCGUGGCAUACAGAAAUCUGACAUUUUAAAGAGUCUGCUCCCCACGAAGAGGAAACAUUCCAAAGGAACUCGGGGUGUCAAAGUUGAGGUCCUCACAGGCACCCCCAUGGAUGGCAUGACGAUCCGUCUGUCUGGGAGAAGGCCAUGAUUUCUUCUCAUCUCUCGUGUGGUUCUGUGUUCUCCAGUGACAAUUCUUCCACUUUUUUUGGUGCCAUGGGAAAAACCUGAAGGAUAGGCAGAACUGCUCCCCAACUUGUGACCCUCCCUGUGGUUGUAGUAGCUCUCAUAGGACAUGAGGAUUGGAGAUCACUCCCUUGUGCUGCCUUUCAGAGCUGAACCAAAGAAUGUGCUUUCUCUGUCUCUAGCGCUUCGGUGUCUGCUCAUUUCUUCAUUUCUGUAAGUUUUCGUUGCUCAUGCCUUCUAGUCAUCCUAUGUAAUCACAGGACGUCCUUAAAGUUUUCCGGCACGACCUGCGUGCACCCGGAUUCCUGGGGGGCUCCCCCAUGGCUCAGUAAGCCCGUGGUCCAAGGGCACUACCAUGAGGCACUGCAUUAAUUGUUGCAUACAGUUGUUACCCGACGACACACACACACAGCAGGCCGGCUGCCAAGGGGCUGCCCAUCACGGUCCCCGGGCGUGCCCCACGUGCAAAGGAGAGAACAAAAUUCUGUUUCGCGUGGACGGUAAGCAGAUGAACUUGCUUGCCGUUCUCGAAGUGAGGCCUGAAGGGAACGAGAACUGGGGUGGGUUUUUGCGCUUUAAGAAGGGCAAGCGAUGCAGCCUUGUUUUUGGACUGAUAAUCAUGACCUUGGUGAUGGCUUCUUACAUCCUUUCUGGGGCCCACCAAGAGCUUCUGAUCUCAUCGCCUUUCCAUUACGGAGGCUUCCCCAGCAACCCCAGCUUGAUGGACAGCGAAAACCCAAGCGACUCGAAAGAACAUCACCCCCCGCCAGUAAAUAACAUCUCGUACGUGAAGGACUAUCCAAGCAUUAAGUUAAUUAUCAGCAGCAUCGCAGCCAGGAUUGAGUUCACGACCAGACAACUCCCAGACUUAAAGGACCUCAAGAAGCAGGAAGUGCAUAUGUUCUCAGUAAUCCCCAGUAAGUUCCUUGCCAGUAGCAAGAGCCCCUGCUGGUACGAGGAGUUCUCAGGGCGGAACACCACCGACCCCUACCUGACCAACUCCUACGUGCUGUACUCCAAGCGGUUCCGCUCCACCUUCGACGCCCUCCGCAAGGCCUUCUGGGGCCACCUGUCCCACGCCAAUGGGAAGCAUUUCCGCCUGCGCUGCCUCCCCCAUUUCUACAUCAUCGGGCAGCCCAAGUGCGGGACCACCGACCUCUAUGACCGCCUGCGGCUGCACCCAGAGGUGAAGUUCUCCGCCAUCAAGGAGCCUCACUGGUGGACCCGGAAGCGGUUUGGAAUCGUCCGCCUGAGAGAUGGACUGCGAGACCGCUACCCCGUGGAAGAUUAUCUGGACCUUUUUGACUUGGCCGCACACCAAAUCCAUCAAGCACUGCAGGCCAGCGCUGCUAAGGAACAGAGCAAUGUGAAUAAAAUCAUCAUCGGUGAGGCCAGUGCCUCCACGAUGUGGGAUAACAAUGCCUGGAUGUUUUUCUAUGACAACAGCACGGACGGCGAGCCACCAUUUCUGACCCAGGAUUUCAUCCACGCCUUCCAACCAAAUGCCAAGCUGAUUGUCAUGCUCAGGGACCCCGUGGAGAGGUUGUACUCAGACUAUCUCUACUUUGCAAGUUCGAAUAAAUCUGCAGACGACUUCCAUGAGAAAGUGACAGAAGCACUGCAGCUGUUUGAAAAUUGCAUGCUCGAUUAUUCACUGCGCGCCUGUGUCUACAACAACACGCUCAACAACGCCAUGCCUGUGAGGCUCCAGGUUGGGCUGUAUGCCGUGUACCUUCUGGACUGGCUCACCGUUUAUAGCAAGGAACAAUUUCUCAUUCUUCGCCUGGAAGAUCAUGCAUCCAACGUCAAGUACACCAUGCACAAGGUCUUCCAGUUUCUGAACCUAGGGCCCUUAAGUGAGAAGCAGGAGGCCCUGAUGACCAAGAGCCCCGCCUCCAACACGCGGCGUCCCGAGGACCGGAGCCUGGGGCCCAUGUGGCCGGUCACACAGAAGAUCCUGCGGGAUUUCUAUGGGCCUUUCAAUGCCAGGCUGGCACAGGUUCUCGAUGAUGAGGCGUUUGCGUGGAAGACGACGUGACAGCCGCGUCCCCCUGCACGUGCUGGGCCUGCCGAUGCUGUCGUUACCAGGACUUUAAGAAUCUCUCUUUAUGGGGAACCGCUUCACUCCUGGCGUGGAAAACCCCAGGACUCUUUCCCUCUCCAGGCACACGUUCAUGAUAACCCUGUCGGAAUUUCCUUUGUGAUGUUCCAUAGCUCAGUCAUUGACCCUCACGGGCCACCACCGCCCUCCGAGGCCAGCGGAGAGUCCACGUCCUCAAGAAUUCAGCUCUGCUCCGAGAGUCCUAGAGCUUUGGAAUGAGGCAGGCUGGUACCUGGGAGAGGAUGCUGGGGAAAGGCAUCCCAGGCCCUGCCCACAUCUACCUUCGGGAGGGCCUGAGUCUGGGAUCCAAUUAAGCACGCUAGAAGUCAUACCAUGGGGCUGGCAGCAGCUCACACUUCACAUUCACUACUUGUUUUUUGUAGAGACGGGGUCUCGCUCCAUUGCCCGGGCUGGAGUGCAGUGGCUCUUCGCAGGGGCAACCAUGUCACAUUCACUUGCGAAACUCUUCUUUUGUUGAGAUUGCUAACCUCACUGGGGCAGAGAAUCGCAGCUCUUUUGAGAAUGGAGGCUUAU